AUGCAAACCAGUAAAAAAACGACUACCUGGGAUGCGGAACAGGUUAGAGACCAAUACCCAACCCCUCCCGCCUUCUCACCGUGCAUGCCACGCUACCACGGGCAGUCGGAAUUUGAUCGUUCCGCAUGGUGUUCACAAAGAACCUCGGGAGCAAGAACUGUGACCCGUAAACACUUGUUCAACCGCAUGCAGAGCUUCAAUUUGCCUAAUUUGGAAGAAAAACUGACUUUCUUGAAUGAGGAACUUCUCUCAUGCGGAGCGUACUCAAAAGAGCAAAUUAAGACCUUUAAAUCCACCUUUUCUCACUUUAAAAGCCAAUUAAGACAAAGGUGGUCAAAGGCUCAUAAGAAGGAAGACGUGUUUCGCAAAUACAAUGAUUCAUGGCUUGAAGGAACUAUUGAGAUUCCCGCUGUUGCACAAAAUCAGCCAGGCCGCCCACGUAAGUUAUUCGGAGAUUCAAGUGAAAGAACAAAAAGGAGGAAAACUGAGGAGAUUCGGUCUAAUGUAGAAGAAGACGUGAUCGUUCAUGCUGCUCAGAUUGAGUUGCCAAAAAGUGGAAAACGAAAUGCUUCCGAUAUAUUAAAAAAAAUCACCAGUACUAAUCCGAAACGUGUAACAAAAUAUAAGAAGGCAUUUUUUGAAACAAGAAAAGAAGAAACUUGCCCUCUUACACCAUUGCAAGCAUUGACAAUGUUUGUAGAAGCUGAUUUAUUUCGUCGACAGUACGAAAUAAUUAGAAAUACCAACAAAAAGAUCUUCCCUUGUUACAGCCUUUUACAAAAGACAAAACAAGAAUGUUACCCACCGCCAGAGGAAUGCAAAGUAAUGUUACGAGCUUGA